AUGGGGACCAUUAUCCUCGGCUCUCAAUGGGGAGACGAAGGGAAGGGCAAGUUGACAGAUCGCCUCCUCAACGAAUUUUCGUUCGACGUCUGCGCACGGGCAACAGGUGGACAUAAUGCUGGGCAUUCGGUCAGGACAGGUGGUCAGACCUAUAGCUUUCAUCUCUUGCCAUCGGGCUUGGUAAACCCCAACACAGACAAUCUGAUAGGCUCGGGCGUUGUUUUCAGUUCCGCGGUCGAUGGCCUCUCAGAAGAAGAAUUAGGCACGAAUCAGAUUGGAACGACCAAAAGAGGUAUCGGCCCAGCAUAUUCAACGAAGGCUGCUCGGGACGGGUUGAGAGUUAUUGAUCUGUAUCACGAAUCUUUCGAACAAAAACUACGUUUGCUAGCCGAAGGUUAUCGUAAACGAUACGGCGAGCUUCUCAAAUACUCUGUCGAGGAUGAGAUCCAAAGAUUCAAGAUAUAUAAGGAACAACUACGUCCAUACGUCGUCGAUGCCGUGGAAUAUAUGAAAGUUAUACGAGAGAACAAACUCUCAAUGCUCGUUGAGAGUUCUCAGGCCUUAAUGCUCGAUCUGGACUAUGGUAGCUAUCCAUUCUGUACCGCAACGCCAUGCUCAAUAGGCGGGUGCAUCCAAGGUCUAGCGCUCAACCCUUUCGAGAUCAGGAACAUCAUUGGCGUGGUCAAGGCAUAUUCUACACGAGUCGGGGCUGGAAUGUUCCCAACCGAACAGGGUGGGGACAUCGGCAAAAUGCUGCAAGAAAUUGGCGGAGAAAUUAAUCUUCCCCCCUCCUCCUCCGGGCCUCAAUACACUGGAACAACCGAGCGUGACACUGUUCUUGUUGGCUCUGGGGUUGGCACUACGGACCGUGGCAUCACAAUGAACGAGUCUUCGAUAAACGCCGGCUCCGGAUCGGACUACAACCCCAACGUCCGUCGCAGCAUUGGUGUUGCCGGUGAGGAUGUUUCAAAUACCCGCGAUACUGGUUUUACAGGAGGUACUAGCUCUGGCUAUAAUCCAAACACUCGCAUAGGCCGAGAUAAUAUCACGAGUGAUACUGAUCUCAACGAUGACGAGGGUAUGAUUGCUGAGGGCUCAGCCUCUCAGAUAGGCUCGGGAUACGAUACGAUUAUCCGCGGUGCUGAAAUGACGAGCAGAGAGACAGGAUCCGGUUUGACUGACAAUGACUCCGGUAUGGGUUCUGGUUACGGCCCAGCCACACGCGAUACCGGCCUGACUGGUGACUAUACGUCCUUGAACUUGACUAAGCUGGAUGUACUGGAUACAUUUCCAAUAAUUCGAGUGGCUAUAGCAUACAUUACACCUGAUGGAGAAAAGAUUUCAAGUUUCCCAGCAGAUCUAAGUCUUCUUGCUAAAUGUACGGUUGAAUAUAAAGAUUUUCAGGGCUGGCAAAGCUCUACAAAAGGGGUACGGAUAUGGAAUCAACUUCCGUUUCAAGCGCAGGAGUAUAUCAAGUUCAUCGAGUCAUCGAUUGGUACCAAGAUUGUUUACAUUGGGACUGGCCAAGAUCGCGAGGAUAUGAUCUUUCGGGAGUAA